AUGAUAUACGGUGAUGGUGAAGAAGACUUAGCAUGUUACACCUACAGCUCGUUCAACGUCAGGGAUGACAAUGAUGAUGAGGCUCUGAUUACUCAACGCCAAUUCAAAGUUCUUAUUGAGAAGCUCGACUCGUUGAUAAGCUCUUCUCGUGAUUUUUCUUAUGAAGCUUGCUCUAAGGCUGCCGUUGAAGCUUUCUUUCACUCACUUAUUAAAGAACAUCAGGCCAAUUUGGAUAAGGCCAAUCAAGUUGUUUCAAAUUCUCCGGCUUUAUGUGGUGCAAUGGCUACCAAAAUGGAAGCGCUUAUUUCUGAUGCUAAGAAGUUUAUAACCAAGUUCCAAUCAUCUGCUGGGUCUAACACGCUUAUGGCUAAUGAGGCUAUAGUUGGUCUCAAUACCAUCUUACAAAGGGAGAAGGAGGCUCUAGCUCAAGCUCACACUGAGUUGCAAAAUGAGAAUGAUAACUUCAAAGCUUCUAUUUCUGCGAAAAUAACAAAGCUUUCAGAAUGUCUUGCAGCUAAAAAUAAUCUUAUGGAUCAACUUGCUGCUCACAACACAACUAUCAAGGUUCAUAAAGCCAAACUUAAUCAAACCACCAAAGAGAUUAAAGGUCUUCAGUCCGAGCGAGCUGUGGUCAAAAGUUGUGUUGGGUAUGUGCAUGCUCUCCUCUCCAAUAUCCUUGAUUCUCAUGAUCCAAUACUCAUUAUUUCAAUUCGCAGGCAUCUAGUUGACAAGUUUCGUCCUGCCAUUGCUAUGCUAAUCAAACCAAUUCUUUCAGUAAUGCCAAAGGUUAAAAGCGAAUCCGAGCCCAAAGGAAAGGUGAAUAUUUUCUCAGAUAAUCCAAUCAUUGAUAAUAAUGAAGCCAAGGAGCCAGAUGAAGAAGAACUCAAAAGGAGAAAGGCUCGUGAGGCUGAGAUAGAUGGACAUUAG